CGGGAUGGAUGAGAGCAAACCCCUGAAGGUCCGGCUGACGUUCUCCGUGAUCCUGGUGGGCAUCUCACUCCUGUUUGCAGCCGUAGUGACUGACCACUGGGCCGUGCUGAGCCCCAAAGUGGAGGAAUAUAACGCCACCUGCGAAGCGGCUCAUUUCGGGCUAUGGCGACUCUGUACAAAGCGGAUUUUUAUGCAGGAGCAAGGUCCCAAAGAGAAGGGCUGUGGGCCAAUAAGCCUGCCAGGAGAACAGAACUGCUCCUACUUCAAGCACUUCACACCAGGACAGAGCUCGGAGAUAUUUGAAGUAACCACCCAAAAAGAAUACAGCAUUUCAGCUGCAGCCAUUGCCAUCUUCAGCGUUGGCUUUGCAAUCAUCGGAACGAUCUGCGUCCUCUUAUCCUUCGGGAAGAAGAGGGAGUAUCUGCUGAAGCCAGCAUCCAUGUUCUACACCUUCGCAGGUCUCUGCAUCAUCAUCUCUGUUGAAGUCAUGAGACAAUCUGUGAAGAGGAUGAUCGACAGCAAGGAGACAGUCUGGAUUGAGUACAGCUACUCCUGGUCCUUUGCCUGUGCCUGCGCCUCCUUCGUCCUGCUCUUCAUCUGCGGCAUCACCCUCCUCCUGAUCGCGCUGCCUCGCUUCCCCCAGAACCCCUGGGAGACCUGCAUGGAUGCAGAACCAGAGCACUGAUGUUCCCAGCACCCGUGAAAAAAAAUCCAGAAAGUGUUUUGAAAAUAUUUGUAUUUUUUAAAAUGUCUGGGUCUCACUAUACAAUGUGCACCCCAUUAACUAAGUCAUUACUGAACCGAGGCAUGUUCAAUUAU